AUGACUUUAAGCGCUUGGCUGAGGGCAGCCGCGCACGAACGGCUGAAGGCGCAACAGAGUCUUGAGCCAUUUUCCUCUCAGGCGGACCUUGACGACUUUUUCAGCGCCUGCGACGGGCUGGAAGGCGACAAGCCUGAACCUGACUGGGAGCAGCACUUGGAUGCCAUCAGCCGUUCUCGAAGUGCGGGAGAGUCCGGCACUUGA